AUGAGUCACAUCAGUGAUGCCGAUUAUGCACAUGCCCAGAAGGUGUGGAAGGACAUGAAGGUUGGGAAUAUGGGCAUUUAUCACGACAUCUAUCUCAAGACAGAUGUUCUAUUGCUCGCUGAUGUGUUUGAGACAUUCAGAGAGACGUGUUCCAGAUACUACGAACUAGAUCCCGCGCAUUUCUACACAACUCCCGGAUUAACCUGGCAAGCAUGUCUGAAAAAGACCAAGGCCAACAAUAAGUAUAUGGGUGACUUGUACAAUCCACCUGAUGGCUCUGACAUGGAUAUUUUUGAGCGGCAGGAAAUGGCUAAAACCAGACCUAUAGUGAAAACAAAAAUGAGAUACUUGAGGUACUGGAUAAUGAAACAUGCACCUAGGACGAUCAGGCUGAAAAUCAGUAAAGCCUACAGAGCCAUGAAGGACAAGGUCAUGAGUUUGUAUGAAAAGUCAUGUUGGGGACCAACCACACCGAAAGAGGGGAAACAAUAUACCACCAAAGCCACCAAGGUCGGGAGGAAGUGGGUUGAUGACACGGUUUCUGAUUUCACAUCCGAACUGAUUUCGCAAUUAGCUGAGGAAGAUGGUGAAGAGGGGUACAUCCUUGAGGUCGAUGUGAGCUAUCCGCGGGAGCUUCAUGAUUCUCAUAGCGACCUUCCUUUCAUGCCCGAGAGGAAGGAGAUUAAUGGCGUCGAGAAGCUGACGCCAUGUCUUUCUGAUAAGACGAAAUAUAUCACUCAUAUCCGUGCGCUUGCUCAAAGUGCGUGGCUGAAGUCAUACAUCGACUUCAAUACACGGCUGCGCACGGAGUCGAAGAAUGACUUUGAGAAGGACUUUUUCAAGCUGAUGAACAAUUCGUUCUUUGGUAAGGCAAUGGAGAAUCAGCGUAAACACAAAGAUAUACGCUUGGCUACGAAGAAGGAACAGUAUGAGAAGCUGGUGAUGAAGCCCAACUUCAAGGGUAGCACAUGGUUCUCAGAAACACUGAUGGGUGUUGAAAUGUCCAAGAUAAAGAUCAAAAUGAAUAAGCCGAUAUACCUGGGACUGGCAAUUCUCGACAUGUCCAAGAUGAUUAUGUACGAGUUUCACUAUGAUUACAUGAAGCCGAAAUAUGGUGAUGACGUGAAACUGUGUUACAUGGAUACUGAUUCAUUCGUAUACCACAUCAAAACCAACGACUUUUACAAAGAUAUCGCCGAUGAUGUGUCUGCUAGAUUUGACACAUCGGGGUAUGAUAAGGAAGAUGGCAAAUAA